ACAUCUCCGUUGGAUCUGUUGGUGUGAGUGGGCGUGGUUUGGGAGGUGACACAGGGAAGGUCCGGUGUUGGACACAGCAGGUUGUGAACUUUGUGUUUGUGUACUUUUACAAUCGAUAUGUACCGUAUUCUGUCGAGGCGUGCUUUCAGAUUUUGCAGGAUUCCUGGUGUUCAGCUUCACACCACUGGUGCAUCGAUGGCAGCUUCAGUGGAGGACUUUAACCAAGCCAAGGUUCAACUGGGGACACUAAAGAAUGACCCUGGCAAUGCGGUCAAACUCCAGAUCUAUGCCCUCUUUAAACAGGCCACACAGGGACCCUGUAACACUCCGAAACCGGGAAUGCUGGACUUUGUGAACAAGGCGAAGUGGGACGCCUGGAAGUCUCUGGGUGCUUUGACACAGGAGGACGCCAGGCAGCAGUAUGUGGACCUCGUCUCAUCUCUGGUAGCUGCAGAGGGACCUCCAGUAGCAGCAGCUUCACCCACAGGAAGUGUAAAAGCCUUCCAGACGCUGCUGGUCACCACAGAGGAGGGCGUCACCACCAUCCGACUCAACAGACCACAGAAGAAGAACGCCAUCACUGUGGAGAUGUAUAACGAGCUGAUGGAAGCUCUGGAUCUUGCUGGAAAAAAUGACUCGGUCAUUACAGUCCUCACAGGCAGUGGUGAUUACUACUGCAGUGGCAAUGACCUGAACAACUUCACUAAAAUCCCAGAGGGUGGCAUUGAGAAGAUGGCUAAGGAUUCUGGAGAGCUCCUCAGGCGGUAUGUGAAAGCCUACAUUGACUUCCCGAAGCCUCUGAUUGCUGUUAUAAACGGACCAGCUGUGGGAAUUUCUGUCACCGUACUCGGCCUCUUUGACAUCGUCUACGCUACAGAAAGUGCGACGUUUCACACCCCUUUCAGUAAUCUGGGACAGAGUCCUGAGGGCUGCUCGUCAUACACCUUCCCUAAAAUAAUGGGAGCUGCAAAGGCAAGUGAGAUGCUCUUGUUCAAUAAGAAGCUGACGGCUACACAGGCGUAUGAACUGGGCCUAGUGACUGAAGUUUUUCCUGACAGCAGCUUUCAGUCGGAGGUCUGGACCAGGCUAAAGGCUUACGCCAAACUGCCUCCAAAUUCUCUGGCUCUGUCCAAGCAGCUGAUGCGUCAGGUGGAGAAGGACAAACUCCACGCUGUGAACGACGCCGAGGUGGAGAGGCUGGUGGAGCGCUGGCUCUCUGAUGAGUGCAUGCAGGCCAUCAUGAGCUUCUUCCAGGGCAAGGCCAAACUGUAACGAGAAAAUAUUCUUUUAUCCUGUCAUUCUAAUACAAAGUGAAAUGUUCUUUACCGUAAUACAAAUGAGAGAUUUCUACAGUGAAAUACGCCGAUCAUGACAUUUAAUUUACUCUAACAAGUUGCUCUAACAAGGAAACAGUUUUUGCUCAGUUUUUCCUCAGUACAGCAUAAAGAAGGUAACCAUUAACUGCUGUUUUGCAGUGAUUACACACAGAAGAAACCUAACAUAGAUAGUAAUGAAUGAAAUGCAGCUAACAUGGAGCUUGUGUUUAUUCACUAUUAGCAUUGCACUUUUUCCCCACUAGGGGACAAACAAUUAAGCAGGCAGUAAACAUCAAACUUUACUGACAUGUAAGCAUUUUCUAGUAUGAUCUGGUUUGUUUUACAUGGCCAGUGCCUUAGUAAAUUGACACACACACACACACACACACACACACAAACACAACUUUUCACUGUCCACUUACAGCUACUGUAUUCUUGUACAUAGCAUUGCUAUCUAAACUUUUGAUAAUUUCUGAGCAUUUGUUCAUAUGUCCUUUAUUAUAAAAAAUUAUGUAAAUGUACUAAUUGGCUACAAAUAUAAAGAUACUACAAAUAAAAAUAUUUUUCCACCAAA